AUGACUGAAGAAGGUUACGAGGAGCGACUUAUCAAUGAAGAAUAUAAAAUAUGGAAGAAAAAUACACCUUUUCUCUACGAUAUGGUGAUGACACAUGCGCUUGAAUGGCCAAGCUUAACAGUACAGUGGCUCCCCGAUAUACAAAGAUUAGAAGGAAGCGAUUACACGACUCAUCGCCUCAUCCUAGGUACCCAUACUUCGGAUGAGCAGAAUCAUUUGGUUAUAGCAAAACUGUUGCUGCCCACUGAUGAUGCGCAGUUUGAUGCUUCAAAAUAUGAUACCGAAAAAGGCGAAUUUGGAGGUUUCGGUUCAAUAACAGGAAAGAUUGAUGUUGAAAUUAAGAUGAACCAUGAAGGGGAGGUGAAUCGUGCACGUUACAUGCCACAAAAUCCGGUUUUGCUGGCCACGAAAUCACCAAACAGUGAGGUUUUUAUUUUCGAUUAUACAAAACAUCCAUCUGUACCGAAUCCUGCUGACAAUGUUUGCAAGCCACAAUUGCGUUUACGUGGUCAUACAAAAGAAGGUUAUGGCUUAUCGUGGAAUCCAAAUUUGCCUGGUCAUUUGCUUUCUGCUUCGGACGAUAUGACUGUGUGCUUGUGGGAUGUUCAGGCAGCAACUGCUCAAUCAAGCUUUCUUGAUGCAAAAACGAUUUUUAACGGACAUAAUGCAGUCGUCGAAGAUGUUGCCUGGCAUGUGCUGCACGAAGCGGUGUUUGGUUCAGUGGGUGAUGAUCGUAAGCUGAUGAUUUGGGAUACCCGUACAAACAGCUCGAAUAAACCGAAUCACACUGUUGAUGCCCAUUCGGCUGAAGUAAAUUGCUUAUCCUUCAAUCCAUAUUCGGAAUUUAUAUUGGCUACGGGCUCAGCUGACAAGACAGUUGCUUUGUGGGAUUUACGGAAUUUAAAAUUGAAGUUGCAUUCAUUCGAAUCGCAUAAGGAUGAAAUUUUCCAAGUCCAGUGGUCACCACACAACGAAACAAUUCUGGCAUCCUCCGGAACGGAUCGACGACUUCAUGUUUGGGAUUUAAGUAAAAUCGGUGAAGAGCAAUCACCGGAGGACGCUGAGGAUGGUCCUGCAGAGUUGCUUUUUAUACACGGUGGUCAUACUGCUAAGGUGUCCUCAAUACUGAGAAAUAGUACAGUUUCGUUUCGACAUUAUAUUGAUCUCACAGAAGAAAGUUUAGAAGUUUGCAGUAAAGCAGAGAUCUCAGAUUUCUCUUGGAAUCCAAACGAACCAUGGGUUGUGUGCUCAGUAUCAGAGGAUAAUAUCAUGCAGAUUUGGCAAAUGGCUGAUAAUAUUUAUAAUGAGGAAGAUACCGAUACUCAAACUGACCAGAUGGAGCGUUGA